AUGUGUUCAACAAACACCACAGUGUACAGUUGUCGUUCUUCAGCUUUAGACACAGACUGCAAUAAAAACACCUUUAAGACGAACUUGUUUAGCACUUGCCAUAAUGUUAACGGCACUAACAUCUUUACUGAUGACACUUAGUGCAAGGACAAGUACUACAUCACCAAGGAUUACUUCGGGCUAUCAAAUGCCAGGACCAUUUAAGUGACGCUGGCUAAGAAUAAGAUCUGUCCAGUUUAAAUAUUCAACCAAAUAGGCGACGGAAUCCCAGGGUUCAUUACCAUUUAAACUGCGAACAAAGCAAACAUUACUUACAAAUAAAUGAACAAAACAAUUUACUUCAAUAAUUCAGGAGAUUUCGACAUGAAUAGUUACAAACUAGCCACCACUACUAAGUUCACAAUUGCCGAGGGAGAAGGCAUCGCAUUGAUUGGUUCAAAUCCUUUUGUCAAUGGUACACCAACAGUGUUCGAAAUCAAAUAUCAAGAUGGAAAGAAUUUGAAGGUAGGAGUAAUUAGUUUUGCUCUUUCACUCUUAACAUACUUUUUUACAUGA